AUGCCUUUUCAGAUCUUGAAAGCCUCAACCCUUUCUCUCUCCUUCCUCCCGACGCCGCGCGCGCGCCCUCUUCUCUUCCUAACCGGAACUCGGCCGUCCGGCAACCAAACCGGACGCCACCGGUCCCGUUCGAUUCGCACAGGCCUCCUCUCCAUUUCUGAGGCAGCGCCGCUCGUUGUCUCGCUCCCUAGACGCCGCUACAAGGCGGUGGAGCUGUUUCUGUCUCGCCGGAAAUUCUCCCUUCGACGGCGACAUAGGUCGAAACCUGAUUUGAAGCUCGAGCUUGUGGCGGUUGUUUGGAGCAGUUUAAGGCCGAUUCGAGGCUAGUCUCAGGUACAAAGAUUGUCUCUCUUGCUUUGAUCUACGAGUUUGAGUAUGUUGAAUGUCCAAAUUGCAGCGUUUCGGGGCAGCGCGUGGAAGCGCGCGUCCGGGCAGUGUGGGUAGUUUUAGUUGUGAGUGGACGUCGACGACAGCGGGACUGUGGAAGAUUAGUGUUGAGUUUUGGAUUUAGGGCUUAGGGAUUUAGGAUUUAGUAUACUGUUGUGGAUUUGGUUUUCGUUGAGCUCAAGUUUGUGUUGUAAUUUCGAAAGAAGUAAAGCAAUUUGUUUGUGUAAUGCUGUGAUACGAUUUUGGAAUAUGUAGCUAUAGGGUAACUGUUAUGUAUCUAUAGGUAUUGCUCUAGCUAUUAGGGUAUGGGUUAUUGGGAUCUGCUUAUGAUUUGGUUAUGUAACUGUUAUCAAUGUGGUGCAGACAUGGGAGGAAAAAAGAGAACGAAAAGGGAAUGAACCUUCUGACUAUGAAGAAGAAGAAGAAGAAGCCUUUAAAAGUAAAAAGGAGUUGAAGGUAUCAAAGAAAUGGACGAAGAA